UGUACUUCACCAAUACACUUAACUUCUUUUCUUUCUAUCUUCUUCUUCUUCUUCUGCUUCUUCUCAAUCCCAUAAAGAAUUUCUGAAUCCCAGGAUUUUUCUUAACUUGCAUGGCAGAUUUGUUGUUGGCUCAUGAAGUUUCCGAGCUCUGUCUGGGCAAGCCGCCGCUGAGGUCCCUCUCCGUCUCCGCCACCGUCGGCGACGCCUUGUCGGUUCUUAGAAGCUCGGAAGGAAGCGCCAUAAGCGUGUGGAACUGCGAUCACUCCAAGUCCAGUAGGAACAGCAGCUUUAAUGGCGAUGAUGAUGUUGAUUGCCUCUGCAUUGGGAAAAUCUGCAUGGUGGAUGUAAUUUGUUAUCUUUGCAGGGAAGAGAAUCUUUCUUCUCCCUCUUCAGCUCUCAAAGCUCCUCUCACUGUUUUGCUGUCAAAAUCUCAAGGCCUGGUUAGGCACGUGGAACCCUCUUCAAGCUUACUGGAAGCCAUUGAUCUGAUUCUCCAAGGUGCUCAGAAUCUUGUGGUCCCUAUAGAGACCAGAAUUUCACGGAGGAAAUUGCUGCAGAAGCCGUCUUCCACCGCCAUUCACAACGGCCAGGAAUUCUGUUGGUUGACACAAGAAGAUGUUAUGAGAUAUCUUCUGAGCUCCAUCGGCCUUUUCUCCUCGCUUUCCACCGUCUCCGUCCACUCCCUGGGAAUCAUCAGCGACGAAUUCUUAGCCAUCGGGUACCACUCGCCGGCGUCGUCCGCCGUGGAAGCCAUCUCGCUCUCCCUGGCUGAUCAGACGUCGGUGGCCAUCGUGGACGACGACGGCAUUCUGAUCGGAGAGAUCUCCCCUUUCACCCUCGCCUGCUGCGACGAGACCGUGGCGGCUGCAAUCACCACCCUCUCCGCCGGCGACCUCAUGGCGUACAUAGACUGCGGCGGCCCGCCGGAGGACAUCGUGAGGGUGGUGAGAGCGAGGUUGAAGGAGAGGAAUCUGGAGGGAAUGUUGGAGGAAUUCUGUAUCAGUUCCUCCUCCGACGUCACCCCCUUCAGCUCCUCCUCGUCCGACGAGGAGUUGCCUUCCCCGACAACAAAUCAUCAGUCGAGGUUAGGCCGACUGGGUCGUUCCGGCAGCUAUUCCGCCAGGAUGGUUAGCCGAUCAGAGGCUACGGUCUGCCACGCCGGCAGUUCUCUGGUUGCCGUGAUGAUUCAGGCCAUCGCGCACCGCGUUAACUACGUUUGGGUCAUCGAAGACGACUGUGCUGUGGUCGGAAUCGUCACGUUUUCUAAGAUGCUUGAGGUUUUUCGUGAUUACAUGCUGUCCAUGAUCUAAGCAACAUCGGAUCGGAUGAGAGUUCGACAAUAA